CGAAGAAGUUUCGCGGAAAGACUUUUUCGGCUAACCGCUGCAAUCGUGGAAUACGCUCAAGGCAGCUGGGCGAGGUAUUUGUCUUGGGUGGCGGUGAUGUCGUCACGCUCCGUACAGUAUGUACUGUACAUACAUAUGCCCCUGGCACGAUUGCGGAGCUUGUUUUGCCCGACACCGGAAGACAAAGGAGACGCGUCGAAAGCGUCAAAGAGGGCCUGGCUUUCUUGGCGACGAACCGGGACGAAGAGGAAGACCCACAGGGCGAGUGGGGAGGAACGGGGAGCCCCAUGCCAGCCGCACCAACUUCUCCAACGUGGAGGUGAGGCGAGGGGCAUGGCUAGGAGCGUUGAUGGACCGGGAAGGAUCCCAAACGCGCACGGCGACGGCACGGCUGCUCGUGAAAACCGAUCUGACAAGCCAGCAGAACGUCAAACUCGGCAACGAACAGACGAACAUGGAGCGGCAGUCCAACGCAUUCGACGCUUUCAACGCUACAUGGCCCUCGUCGAGUGCGCUGAACUGCCUGAGCCUUCAGCUGCGAUCUUCGGAGUUGUCGCGACGAGACAGAGCGCCUCGCGGAUGGGUUUGCACGGGUCAGGAGAGCAUCACGGAUUUCUUCAACUCAGCACGCUACGGUCGGCUCGGAGGAAUUGCACAUUAUCCACCCUUGUUCACGGUGGAACAACAUACCGACAUCGGAGAGAGUGCGGACGAGACCGCUGUGACGCUUUAGCAAAGCCAAACAGCGACAUGGUUUGGCGGUCGGAAGGGGCGACCGUGCAAACUCUUAGGCAUCGGCUGCCAUGGAACCGGACGACCCGCCUAUCAAACACAGAAGCGUCAAGCCGGACAACGUUCUACUGCAUGUCGUCGGGCAUACCGGUUCCGAUUCGGCCUAUUCAAGUCCUGAGCGGCCGGACCCGAUACACUAGGCUCCACAAUCAUAUGGCCUUCCCCAAACAAGAUCAUGGGACGGCAGGGACAUUAUAUAUACGCAGUCAGGGAGCCCGGCUUUACUGCAUGUCGUUGACGAGGUACUGGCAGCCGGGAGAUUCUGCGGCCUUGUUUAUUUGAAGGCGCGACUUGGCAGUAGCUGAAACCAUCAAGGUGAUAAAUGCUUUCCCGACGAAGAAGACUCACAGGACCAAAGAGCCGGCCGGACAAAUCCUCCAUUCGAAGGGCGGGAAGC